AUGGCGACAGAGCGAGCGGGCAGGAGACGGGCGUGCGCAUCCGUGCUCGGCGUGAUUUUGCGCUUAACGAAGUUAAUCCUGGAAGUAUCUGCUGCUGGUGAAGCUCUCUUUGGAUCCCGCAAAUUCACAGACAAGCAUGAAUGGGUAUCCGUUGAAAAUGGCAUUGGAACAGUAGGAAUCAGCAAUUUUGCACAGGAAGCAUUAGGAGACGUUGUUUACUGUAGUCUUCCAGAAAUUGGGACAAAAUUGAAUAAAAAUGAUGAGUUUGGAGCUUUGGAAAGUGUGAAAGCUGCUAGUGAACUCUACUCUCCUCUCUCAGGAGAAGUGACUGAGGUUAAUGCUGCCCUUGCAGAUAAUCCGGGGCUUGUCAAUAAAUCUUGUUAUCAAGAUGGUUGGCUUAUCAAGAUGACUGUGGAAAACCCUGCCGAACUUGAUGAACUGAUGAAUGAAGAUGCCUACGAGAAAUACAUAAAAUCCAUUGAGGACUGAGCUGGAAUAAUGAAAUAAAUCCAUAUAAAAUAUUUCAGUGUAGUUUGUCAUCAAUCAGUGAAGUAGAGAAUAUCAAGUUUUGACAACCUGAAAAAUACCACUUAUGAUCACAUAUACAAGGCCAUAAAUAACUGCAGUGAUAAAAGUGUUUAACAUCUGCAUACCUGCAAGGGUUUUUUUAUUCUAGAUUGUCUGAUUUAUGUAACUUCAGGAUCUUAUGUAUGAUAUUUUGGGAAACAAAAUUUAUUUACUAAAAUAUAUACUUCCGAAGAAUCA